AUGUUGCAAAAAAGACUUCUCUCAUUGAUAACUCCAGUAUUAGCUGUUUUUAAUGAUCAAUCAGAUCAAAGUCUAUCGAAAAUCGAAACAAAAAAACUUCCUAGCAAAUUCGUUGUUAGAACAGCAAUAAAAUUAGGAAAAAGUAAAUUAAAUAGAGAAAUGCCUUAUAUAGUAACUCCAGAAAAGGCUUCGAAGAUGGGUGAAAAUUUAGGAAAAGAAAUUUUAUCUUCAUAUCCUAAAAUUAAAAAAAAAAUUGAUCAAUUAGAAAACCCAAAUUCAUACGAAGAUUAUUUCAAUUCAUUGCCUAAUACUAUUUGCAACUUUUUUCAAGCCCUCAUCAUGGUACUACAACAGCAAAAGCAAAAGGUUGUUAACAAAAAAAGACAUCAGCAUGUAAGUACCUACACUUAUGCUCGACUUGAAAGUAUUAAAAAACAAACAAGUAAACCAGGCAACAUUGUUCAAGAAUCAACUAUCCAACAGAACACAUUGGCUCCAUUAUCUGAAACUAACCGCUCAAAACAGAUACGUCGUACUACUACAAAGGCGGAGAAAGCUAUACUUGCUCAGUUAAUUGAUUAUGAAGAAAACUUGCCUGAAACUGCAGUUACAAAAGUUUUUUGGGAACUUCAACAUGUUUCUUUGGACUGGACAACUGAAAGAAUUAAGCUAUAUUGGAGAAAUAACCGUCGUAGGAUGCUUCAAGAAUAA